AUGUCGGUCCCCAGCCCGCAAAACAGCGACACUGACAUGGAGAUCAUACAAUCCGCCGACGCUCUUCAGGCAGGCGAGACAACCCCCGUCCCAGACGCAAAGUUCAACGUGGGCGAUUUUACCCUGAUCAGUGCCGACGGCCACCUCUUCAAAACCAACUCGUACCUGCUGUUCGGUGCAAGCCCCGUGUUUCGUGCCCCAGCCGAGCUCUGCCCGACUAUCGAACGCUCCGUCACAUUCACAGACUGGGACAUUGAGUCCUCGUCAGUCAUAUCCCUCUUCCUCGAUGUCAUCACGGUCGGACAGCUUCCACCCGUCGCCUUUGAUCUGCCUCACAUCCCCGAGCUCCUCUCGUUCUGCAAAAAGUACGAGUGCACAGUCGCCGCUCGGUGUGUGUUGUUUUCUGUCCGCGAAUUGGUCGUUUACGACCAGGCCGCGUCCCUGCGCGCCCUCGACAUUGGAGCCGGUGCAGACGACAUGGACACGGUCGUGAGCGUCCUCAAAAGCAUCUGCGAACGUGGCGGCAAGCUCCCGAACCUCGUUAGCCUGCUUGGACCCAAGCGCAGCGUGUGGCCUGUCGAAUACCUAUGGGCCUUUGCACGAGCCCAGGACCGCACGACGCCAAAGCCUGCCAAAGACAAAGCCACCGGAACACCACUCAAGGCUACGACCACACCGGUCAACGGCAUACCGGCAGCCGCAGCUGCGACGCCCGCAACUGCGACGACCCCUGUGCUCACCCCUGCGGAUUUAUGGAAGGAGUUCAAACCCCGCCAGCUCGAGUGGGAUCAGUACCCGUGUGGCCCACCUGAGCCUACCUACGACCCACGGUGGGAUGGGGACGGGGACCUUGAGCUUGAAUCUGCGGACAACGUCCUCUUCCGCAUCGAGUCGUACCACAUCAUGUCGGCGUCAUCUGUCCUUCGACGCAUGAUUACGAACGGCGAGAAGCGCAUCCACUUCACCAGCACAGACUUUUCAUCGCCUGUCAUCCACAUGUUCCUGGCCCUCGUAACGACGGGUCGCCUCGAGGUGGUGCCUCCUCAGUUCCUGGGAUUGGCCGACCUACCUCAUGUCGGCAAGCUCGUCGUAUUCCUUCGCACCUACGAAUGUACCGCCCUACUCAACGUCGUGGUCUCCUACGUCCUCCGGCAAGCUCAACUGGAUCAGGCCGUCGCAUUUCACGCAUUCAUGAUCUGUGCUAUCGCCGAUGACCAUCGUGCUGCCGGCCGCGCGAUCGGAGGUAGGCGUGGACCAUACCGCACCCGCCAAUGGGCCUUUAAAAACGAGCCUGGGGACGAAGCAGACUGUCCAGAGAACGGCGCCGACAUUCUCAAGCCUACGAAAUGGUCAUUCAAGUACUGGCGCGACAUUCCUCUGAAGUACAUCUGGGCCCUUGAGCUGUCUUGGAAGCCGCAUGCCGACGGCGUCCAAGCCAGUUGGGGCCAGAAGAUUGAAUACCUCCUCACUGUUCCCCGGACCGACGCAAACGACGUGGUGUUCACAACUGGAGAGGCCGAGUUUUCCGAUGCCAGUGACGACGAAUAUGACCCGUCGAAUUCGUCCGAAAACGACAGCCUUAGCGAGGAGGAUUCAGACAGCGAGAUCACUUCAAACCAUGACGGUGACGCGGACGGCCGUCCCUCCCAGCCAUCUGCCCCUGUUGAGGAUGUUCAGAUGGGGUAG